AUGCCCGCAGUAACAAAUAUGGCGAAAGUCAAUGGAACGCAUGCUACGCCAGCAACUACAUCACCAUCCGACCUAGUAAAAGCAUCGAAAUGCUUUGUCCAACGACGUCUAGACGAAGCAUACUCAUUACUAGCUCCCUACAUUAAACAGCAACAGCCAGACCAACAGCUCAAAUCCUUCAUCUGGACUCUGUAUCUACGCAUAUCCACCGAACGCACAAACACUGAUGAUGAAUGGAGAACUUGUUUGCAAGGAUUUGGAGGUUUGGGCUACUUGCCUCCUGAUGUUCUUGUAGCUGGGCUAUUACUACUGAUCCGCAGAUCUCAACACCAGAAUGCCCGUGAUGCAUUCGAAUCGUGGUUGUCCUUACAAGAAGACGAGUUCUUCAACGGUAUACAUGCAAACCCGGAUGGUCCACAGUCGCAGGCUUAUGAACGACUCGUCGAACUCUAUGUUCUUCAUAUCUUGCCUCACGUUGGUGAUUUCACUUCGUCACAAGAGUUUCUGACGUAUAAUGACUUGUUGAGUCUGAGUAAACGGGAGGUCCUUUUAAAACACGUAAACGUAAUACGCAUCAAAACAGCAGAAUCAUCAAAAGAACAACGUCACCACACCAAAACCAAACACCACGAACAAUCCACAUCACCAGCAACAACAGAAGCAGCAGCAAGCAGUGAAAGCACCAGCACCAAGCCGAUACCAAUAGCAGCACCAGCACCAGUCAUAACAGCUCCACAGGUACAGAAUAUCAUAGACGAAUCACCAGAUAACAGUGCCGUCUCAACACCUGCACGACCACCACCGUUACGACCGUUGCCUCCUAUACCUCAGCAACAGCAACUGGCACAAACAACACCACUAGUAAUGCAAGCGCCGCAACCAUCACAACCAACAUCAAUAGUAGAUACGCCUUGGUUCAAACUCUUGAUGAUCUUGGCUCCCAUACUAGGUAUAUCUGGUAUAUUAGCGAUUGUGGUGACUAGACCACCUGUUAGGGCUCGUUUGAAUGCAUUCUUACAGACAAAGUUUGGACAAACUCUUGUUACGAUUGCUAGGAAGGUGUAUCAGACUGCUUCUAUGGGAUUAAAUGUGCAAACUUUUUAA